AUGGCGGACAAUGUGCUAAAUAUCGGUCUUGUAAGUUUCUUGAUCGCCGAUUCCGAGCUGCAGGAUGACGAGAGCACACGGAGAGACAAGGUGAUGGCUCAAGGGGGGAGGGGGGGGGGAGGUGUAUUCCCAAGACAAAAAGUUUUUGAGCAUUCUUUUUUCUUUUGCAGGUUAAGAGAAAAGAGGUACAAGAUUGAAGGCUUUUACGAAGAAACAAUUAACAUGUAUCUUCCAGACACGUUCAAAAGAUUUUUUCGUAUUUCAAGAGAAACAUUUGAAAUAUUGCUGCAGCAUUUAAUCCCAUUGAUGGGCACCAGGACUCAUCCAGGUGGAAGACCAGAAGUUCCAACUGAGAAGAAAAUUUUAAUGACUUUAAGAUAUAUGGCUUCACAAGAAACAACCCUAGAACUAAGCCAUCGGUUUGAUGUCUCUGAAUCCACUUUUUUACGUGCAAGGAGUGAAGUUAUCGACAUCAUAAAUAACCAUUUACUCGUAAAGUUCAGAAAAUGGCCAGAAAAUGGCGAACUUCCAGACAUUGCCCAAACAAUUGAUGAUCUUGGGCGGUACAACUUUCCCAAUGUUGUGGGAGCGGUGGACGGUUGCCAUAUCCCAAUUGAAGCACCAAAUAGAAAUCCUCAGUCAUAUUACAAUCGAAAAAAAUUCCAUUCAAUAAUCCUCCAAGGGGUUUGUCGAGAGAAUCGGAUGUUCAUCAACAUAAACGUUGGUUGGCCUGGCCGAGUUCAUGAUGCUAAGGUGCUACGAAAUUCACAGUUAUGGGGCUUUGGUUUUAGGAAGUGCAGAAAUGGUCAGUUCCAUUUACUUGGUGAUGCAGCGUACCCAAUUCGACGGUGGCUUCUCACACCAUACAGAGACACUGGACAUUUGAGUCGCAAAGAAAUGGCAUACAAUAGGGCACUUUCAUCAAAGAGGCAAGUUAUAGAAAGGGCAUUUGCCUUGCUUAAAGGUCGUUUCAGAAGACUGAAGUACAUAAAUGUCAGGAGUAUUAUCCAGAUUUGCCGAAUCAUUACUUGCGCUUGUGUUUUGCAUAACAUCUGUAUUCUGCACCAUGACGGCAUGGAAGAUUUUUUAUCGGAUGAUGUGGAUGAAGUUGAUGCCGGUGAUGGUGGGAUCCGACAAAUAAUAGAGAAUGACGCAGAAGGCGUUAUGAAACGGCUGGUUAUCACAAAUCAACUGCGAAACUGA